GUAGUAUUUCCCCAACUAAAAAAAAUGGGUAAUCGUGUUGGUUUGAUUUUUAAAAACAACAGCCUUGAAUACGUUUGUCAAGAAGACAAUAACUUAGAAGAUAAUACGAAAGUUCUAGAGGGACAUCAUUUCAAAGUUGCAAAAGAGAUGAAGGACAUGCUUUGGUCUUUGAUAAAGUUUUCUGAUUUUGCUCCUGAAAAAAUCAAAAAAGCUUGUCUCGAUUGGCAUCACCACGUCUAAAUUCAAGGCCUAUUUUUUGAUGUAGUAUACCAAUUUAUGAAAUAUCACUAUAGCUCCACUUGAAGUGAUCUUGUUUGCUUCCGCACUCCUCUCCCUGUUUUCUUCUUGGUUUGUCUCUUUGUUUCUUCAUUUCUCACUCAAGAAGAUAAAAAAAAGCUUUUAUCAUUACUGUAUUU